UAACGGAAAACCCAGAAUCUUACUUUCGUUUUGAAUGUACCAGAAAUCUCUUUAAUUUUUAUUUAAACAUUGUUAAAUAUUGACGGAAUGCACAACGUGGAUUUCUUGAAAUAUUUAAGAACAAAUAAAAUUAAACUGUUAUUGACAAUAUUUCCAUAAGCCAUAAGCCAUUCAGUUAUCGCAAGUUAUCUAAAUCCAAAGUAUUUAACUGUUAACUUAAAAUGUCUGUUGAGGAGAACGAAAUGCCGAUUGAGGAAAACCUGCUGGUUUUUGUAUAUCACGAGAAUUGCGAUAUUGAUGAAGCAAAGCAACUGCAGAUUUAUCUCAAUAGCAACAACUGUACGUGUAAGAUAUACAGCCAAACGAAUGAGCCAGGAAAACAUCUUCUACAACAACUUCACGGCUCCGUAAAUCCGUUCACCCCCGUAAAUCAGAACCAAAGAGUCGUUUUUCUGAUAACAAAAAUAACUGAAGAGACAGGUUUGAUAACUUUCGCAGUCGUGGCAGCUUUAGAAAAGGUUUCUCUUCAAACAUGCAUGCCUAUAUUUAUUGGAUACAAAGGAAAAUCCCUAACAAGCGAGUCUUUGAAAAGGGGUCUUCUAGCCUUGACACCCAGUGUUUUUGUCGACUUGGACAAAGAAAGUGGAUUUGAUUCACUUCUAUCAAGACUGAAAUCUUCCAAAUAUUUGGCGGAAGAUUUGCCAGUGGGCAACUUACACCAUGGGUUGGUCUACUCUCAUAUUUCAGGCUUCAUGGGAUAUUUGGUAGAAGAGCUGCAAAAACGUCUUGCACAGAAAUGCAAAGAAUAUGAACAUGAAAAGAAACGUUUGGUCGAUAGAUUCCUUCUGGUCAUACCUGAAACUUGUGAAGUUCCAUCCGGCCUGCUAACAGGAAAUGAAUCCGCAUCCAUUUGUAUUUCAAAAGCAUUAAAGGAAGGCACAACAGUGGAUGAAAUUGCAUUUCAAAGGGAACAUGCUGGAAAGACAAGAACUUACAAAGUGACAAUCUACAAAAUAAAAAGUGAAAAUGAAGAGUUCUACAUCUGUGCCCAAGUGCCAACAGUUUUGACGGCCAUCUCUCAACUCGCACAGAAGCAUCUCGGCAAGAUAGACGUUGGCCUAGAGAAGCAGAGAUUUCAUCUGCUAUACCAGCAGAUAUUGGACCUCAAAGGGUGGAAUGACACGGUGAAAUUAGUCUCCUGCAAAGAUGAAGCAGACAUUCCCCGUGCAUUGUUUGAUGCCGCAAAGACAUUAGGCACGGCUAAUGAGGAAGUCUUGGAUUUGCAGAAAGCAACCAUCCGACCUGAUGAACAACAGAGAAGAGUGUACCUUAGAUAUUUCGAAUCAGAAUCUGAUCAAAAGGUGGGAAAAGACAUUGCAAGAUUGCUGGAAGAGAACCAAAUUCAAACGUUUACCUCAUUGCAUGGCGAAAGUGUACUCAGCAGUCCGGAAACACAUGAAGGCUGGGUCAUAUGUGUCCUUUCAAAAGCUGCGCAAGAAGAUGGCCUUUUCUCAUUCAACGUCAUGACCGACAUACAAACCAGUGUUGACAAAUGCAAGUUGCAAGUUAUGCUUGUAUUAAAUGGCCUACAAAUAUCUGAUGUUCCACACUGUAUAAAAUGGGUCCGCUUCUUCGGAAUGACUGAGGACAAAUUAUACCUGAACGGAAUUCUGAGAACAGUUUCAGAUGCCCCUGUCGACAUUAGCAAGGCACUUCCAUCAGGUGACGUGAUUCCUGGUUUAGCCUGGGCAUACGUGCAAAACUACCUGAUGAAAACUUUGACCAACACACUGGGAAAAAGAAUCGAAGCAUAUCUUGAGAAGAUGCAGAUAGAGUGCGGAUGUAUUCAGACACUUGUUAUUGUCUGGAUAAAAUCAUGUAAUACUGGCCAAUGGUUGACAGACUUAGCAAACAAAGGAGUUGAGAAGCGUCAAGUGGUUCAUUUGAAAGAGGAUUUAGAGCCAACUAUUGACGAAUUUGGUGGACAGAUUGGUCGACCUUUCAACUUGAACGUCUUCAAAUUCACAGACACCAGGGAUCCAAAUAAUAUAUUUGAGCGGUGUUUCCUAGCCGAGUAUUGCACACCCAUGCAAUGCGUCAAGAUGAUGGAGGAAGAAUAUGCUGGCAUGUCUUCGGCUUCAAUGCAAGAACAAGGACCGAGGUUCAAGGAAACGUUUGACGAGAUCAUGUCCCGUGGACCAAUACGAGAAAUAUUUGGUGACAACAAAGUGUCUCUAAUCUGCUUUGAUGAUGGUCCAGACGCUAAUUCAGAAAUACGCCUCAUGGACUCGUUGGAGAGAGCGAUUCGGGACUCCAAAACAGUGAUCUUCCGAAAAUAACAUGUUUGCGGAGAUGAGGUGACCAGCAUUAUAAAAAAGUGCCAUUAAUUGCAAUAAAUCUAGUGGACAAUAGAUGUACAGUGUAUACUGAAAAACAACAGAGAGACUACUUUUAUUGUUCAGUAAUUAAAGCUUGCAUUUUCUUACUGAGUUAAUUCACUGUUUAAGACAUCUUGACAUUUAAUUAUUACUUACCAAUUAUGUAAUUGAAUAUACAUAUUAUAUAUUUUGACGACACGUUUUGUAAUAAAUACAUCCGCUUUAAGAAGAUGCAAUUAGACUUAAUACGAAUAACUUAAUUUUGCAGAACAACUGACUCGGGUUUGUGUGAAGAGUAUUUGUUUAGUGAUAAGUUUAUUUUACAUUUUUUACUAAAUCCUGCGUUUUAUGGUAUAUGAAGUCAAGUCGUAUUCGAAAAUAACAUUGGUAGGUUCUAUUUUAUUAAAUACAUUUACAUUUUUUUGUUUGUUAAGUCUAUGUUACUUUUAGCAAAUAUUUUACUUUCGACGUGGGAACCAUUGUUUAUGGUGUAUACACAAUUGAUUAUAUUUGAUUGUGUAUUGAUAUCCGUAAAUGAUUUAGACACAUAUACUUCAUGUGAUAUGUUAUUAAGCAUCAACGGUAUAAAAGGCAGUCCUUUUUAUGUGCUAAAAUAUGACUCGUACUUAAAUAUUUUAACAUCGUAAUGAAGCUUGUAAUAUGUGAACUGUUAUGUUGUCAAUUAUAAUUCAUGUUUAUUGCUCUACAUGUAUAUCUUCUAAGAUUGUUACAUAUAACAUAUUGUAUCCAUGUAUGAUUUACACUAAUUUUAAUAAUUAAAGCAUUCUCUGUGUUUUUAAAAAAUUGAUUUAAAUCUUGAGUAAUUAUGGUUAUCUAGGAAUAGUUAUGUCUAGGAGCUACGCAUUUAUUCAAGCCACUUAUACUUUAUCAGAUAGCGCCCUUAGAACUCAUAACUUAUUGUAGCGAAAUCUUUGGCUGUAUCUGAUAAAUAAUGUUAAAUCUGUUUGCUGCCUUUGUUGCCUCGAUUCUUAACUUAAAAAGCGAGGUGUGGAGAUUAACUUAAGCGGAAAAUCCAACGAAAAUUCUGCAAAUGGCUUUAAAAUGUGAAAUCUUCUACAAACUCAAAUGCCGAAGUAGAUAUCCGAUGAAUAUUUGUCGAUCUUUCUAAGAAGUUAUUUUUUAAUCGCCCAACUGCAUUUUGUUCAAUAUUGUAGCAUUACAUGAAACAUGUGAUAACCCUCAUUCCAAGUCAUGGGCAUCAAUUGUUCAGAGAAUUUUGUUAGAAACAUUUUUUUUAAUUACGUGUAAUAAUACCAUUAAUUUGUUAAUGUAAACAUUUUAAAUAUAAUUGUAGGCAAUAUAUUAAAUGUUUAUUUUAAAAUAGAAAACAUGAAAAUGACAUGUCAUCAUUAUUUCUUUUCAAGAAAUUUAAAUGCUUUUCUGAAAGAUCAUUAAACAAAAUUGAAAUUUCUUAAUUUUGAAACAUAAUAGCAAAAUUUAGACUGUUAUCUCAUUUUCCCUAUAAAUUGAUAGACACCAACACAUUUGGAAACAUGACGGAAUAUGUAAAAUUUGUAUCCUUAAUGAAAUUCAAGGUCAGUACCGUUUGUUCUAAAAUGUCAUAAAGAUGGCAUGUUAAGAAAUACACGUAUACCUGAUUUUAACAAGAGUUUGUUCAAUGUUUUUUUAUUAUUUUUGAAUGAGACCAGGCAAUCUAUAUUGAUACGUUGAGGUAAUUCCUGUAUUAAAGCAGUUUACCCUAGUGUUGAUGGUAUAUAACGUUAUGAGAGAAUAUCCUUUUUUCCACAUUACAAUUUUGUAUAUCGCACUGCAUAAUUGUGUUUCGCAUCAAUUAUGGAUGUUAAACAUUCAGUUAACUGUUUACAUACAGAAAAAGCUGUCGCAUACGCCCAACAUUAUCACAAUUAUUCAUACAGUUAAUCCAUGCAUAAACAUUUAAUUGCAUGUUCUUACUUUUAUUUUAUCUCUUUCAUUGUUUAUUAUUAAUUUUCACGUAUCUGUUAUUAUUGUGGCAUUAUGCUUAAGCCGAAAGAACAUUUCAGGUCUAUUCUGUUCAGUUCUUAAACAGUUAUGUACUUAGAAAUUUAUAUUGUAAGUAAUGUUAUGAUGUUUUUAACAGAAACAUUUACAGUUAGCUUUCUGAAUUAAUUGAUAUCAAGUUACAUUUGAAUUAUAUUGUGCCAGUUAUAUAAUACAAUAACCUUAGUUACUUGCAUCAAUGUUUCUGUAAUAUUUCCUAUUAUCCCCUUAUUAUUUACAACAAAUUUCUCAAUAUUGUGUCACCUUAGAUAAAUAACGUGGUAAUACUAUAAUGUAUUUGUUGUUUGUAUGCAUCAUCUUGUUAAAAUUUAGUUCUGAUUUUUGGCCCUAUGUUAUUCUAUUUUCUUUUUUGUGUGUUAAUAAACGAGAAUUUCAGAAUAAAUUUGAUUAUAUUUCUACAACUUAGAAAACCUACAUGCCUCUUUUCUGUGAAUUCUAUACAAUUAAAGUAAUCUUCAUGUUUUCAGUUCAUCAUUUUAAAACCAACGUUUUUUUAUUGCAUUAAAAGAUAUAAAUCCAAAUUUAAUACUUAAAUAUUGUAUUUUUCCCUUCCCUAUACCCGCUGUAUCCCCACCCCCGCCCCCCACACACAACAUCAACAAACAAAAAACACAAAUAAUCAACGAAUGAUAUGGUUGUAAAAUGUUUGUACUUAGCUAGAAUGGGUUUGCAUUUAGGAACUCUUAAAUCAAGGUCAAGGUCACUGUAAUUGAACACUCAGUUCCGCUGAAAUGUUGUGUGUUGGAAACUUACAUGCUCACCUAGCGUGGGAACGCAUCAGUAUUAAAUUAGUAAUAAUUAGUAAUAUCAGUUUAAUAACUUAUACAUUAAACAUCUUGGUUUUGGCUUUUGCCACGUUUAUUGUUUUUGCUAUAUGUUAACUAAACGAAAAUUGUGUUAUAAUUGCUUGAUUUGUUAUUUUGCAUUUUCUACAUCAUUAUUGUUUGAUUUUACUUGCGCUACGAACUUUUCACCUCUUCGAACUGUACAUGGAAAAAAAUGAAAGACCGCCGUGGAUGAUAUUGUGCUACAGGCAAUUUAAAAAUUACCUGUAUUAUGAAAACAGCCCAAAUAUUAUUGUUAUUAUUUUUGAAAUAUAUAUUUAUAACACAUAUACCAAUAACAAUUUACUUAUAAUGUAAUAAAGUUACAAACCAUGAAAAUAA